AGGAGAAAACACCCCACACAAUUCCUAUACGUUGAUUAGAUCGUCGUCUUUGGUCCUGUGAACGGGUAAGCUAUGUUACUGUAAUGGGUCUAGCGACACUCACAAGACCUUAACGAAGAUGUUAUUGGACGGGAAGUUGCAUUGAUUUUUUUCGUUCAUGUUCGCUGUCGCUAGAUAAAGAAACGUUAAGUUGAGAUAAGGCUUCACAAACUUAAGAAUGAAUUUCUUGUUGGAGACACUUCAGCUGAUAGUCUUGUCCAUCUAUUAUAAUGUAGAGGCUAUCAUCAAGUUCUGCAUCCCAUCAAAGAAGAAAAAUGUGACUGGAGAAAUAGUCCUGAUCACUGGGGCAGGCAGUGGGAUUGGGAGAUUGAUCGCGCUGGAGUUCGCCAGAAUGGAUGUUGCUCUUGUUCUUUGGGAUAUUAGCGAAGAGGGUAUGAAGGAGACUACCCGUCUGUCGAAAGAGAGAGGGGCCUCACGUAUCCACUACUACCUGUGUGACUGCAGCGACAAAACCGAAGUGUAUCGAGUCGCAGAGCAGGUUAAGAGAGAGGUGGGGGACAUCAGCAUUCUCAUCAACAAUGCUGGAAUUGUGACUGGCAAGAAGUUUAUGGAUGCACCAGAUCAUCUCAUUGAGAAAACCAUCGAGGUCAACACUAUGUCACACUUUUGGACCAAUAAAGCAUUUCUUCCAGCAAUGGUAAAGAACAACCAUGGGCAUUUGGUCACCAUCUCCAGUUCGGCUGGCCUGAUAGGUGUGAAUGGACUGGCAGAUUACUGUGCUAGCAAAUUUGCUGCCAUUGGCUUUGCAGAGUCCGUAGCUCUGGAGCUAAUAGCCACAGGCAAAGAUGGGGUGAAGACUACGAUCGUGUGCCCGUACUUCAUCAACACGGGCAUGUUCGACGGGUGCAGUACCAAGUGGCCCACUCUGUUGCCAAUCCUGGAUCCAAACUAUGUGGCCAAGAAAGUGGUGGAGGCCAUUUUAACUGAUCAAACUUACCUCAUGCUGCCCAAGAGCAUGUAUUUAUUAAUGGCCUUAAAAAGCUUUUUACCACACAAGCAAAGUGUCAUCCUCGGAAUGUACCUGGGAGCCUUCAAUUUUAUGGACACGUUCCAAGGACGCCAGAAGAAACGGAUUUAAAGCUCCAAAACAAAACUUAACAAGUGGAUACCCUUAUCAAUCAAACUUUAUUGAAUUAAGUUUAAGUCAUUAUUUCAUCAGAUAAACAGCACCCAACAGUACUUCAUCAAGCAAGCACGUUGUUAUAUGAAGGGCAACUUUUUUCAACCCAUUGUGAACCCAAUCCAAUCUGAAGACGAAAACAGUGUCACUGAGAUGGACCAUAUUCCACAUCCAUGUGCAUAAUAAGUAAGUAAAGGACUAAACACACAUAAAACGUGUGUGUGUGUGUGUGAGUGGUGUACACCAUGGUCUCUAUUGAAGCUUUUACACUGAAUAAAGCCCAUGGAAUAAAGCAUGUUUUGGAUCAGAAA